AUGGUCUGGCCCUUUGGAAAGAAGCAGGUCGAGGAGGCUAAUCCAAGCAAGCAGGUGGAGCCUGAGUUGCAAAACUAUAGCGCAGGCAAAAAAUAUCUUUUGGAGGACACCAAACCCAGGUUUGCAAAUGAUUCCCAAAGUCAGUACGCUAGUUCACAAGAAAAGGCAACCUUUCGUGAAGCAUGGGAAGCUGUCACUUUGGAUGACUUCAGCAUACAGCGUUUGACGCAAAUUCCAUGUUUUCGGGACGCCGGAAUGAGUGGAUUCACGAGUAUGUUCGUGGUUGGUAGCGUCAUGUUUCUGUACCACAAGAAUCCAAGCCGAGCCGCUAAUUGGGCCGUCGGAGGCUUCUUGCUGGGGAGUAUAGUUGGCUGGGAACAGUGUCGCCUGAGACGCAAAAAAAGUUUCCAAACUGCACAGAUGGCUAGGAGUACUGUAGCAAGCAAAGAGAAGCCCAUGAUGAAUCCGGUAGCCCAUGAUGAUCGGGUCAAAAAGGAAUGGGAGGGGCACACUACUGAUACUGCAGCGGCGAAGAAACCAUGGUAUAAGCUGUGGUAA